AUUGUGGCCCCCGAAUAUCUUUGUUCCGUUACAUUUCUCUGGCCAAUUUUUAGCCACUUAACCCCUCCGCGUAUCUAUAUUUCCACCUCUUCACCUUCCCCCCUUGCUCCCGUCGCCCUGUAGGUUCCGCCAGCUUCCGGCCGCUGCCCCUCGGGAGGUUGAAUUGCCUGCCACUUCUGAUGCUGAUCGCUUGGAGUCUGAUGAGCACUUAGUCAUGCUGAUGCUACAAGCAACUGUUCCUUUUGUGAGGCCCGGUUCUUGCUGGGACCUAAAACUGUCUGGAAAGGGUGCUUCUAUUUUGCAUAGUAAAUUAGGAUGCAGUGCAGUUUACAAUUCAGUGGAAGGCCAUCAUGUACAGAAGCCACACAUUGUUCAUAGCUACAAAGUUAACUUUACUAGAGUGAGCCAUCACCUGUGCAAAAGUUUAAAUGAAAGAACUACAAGGCACUGGCUGCAUCGAUUCCAUGUUAAUGCUUCGUCAGAUGACGACUUCCGCUCAUCACGUAACAUAGCGAUCACUUUAUUCAAGCGGUAUAAGAAUGUUAUUGAUCGAGGAGGUGGAGAGAACCUAGAAGAGUUUGUCAGUGCUGGAGUGAACGCAUAUGCCCUAGGGUGUACAGAUGAGGGGCUUAGAAAGGAACUUAUGGAUAUUGAAGAUUCUGGUCUUGAGAUUGAAGGCUUAGGUGAAAUCAGCUUGAAGUUCAAAGUCCACUCCUUUGAGAUUCGUGAAUGCAUUUUGUGGCUCAGUAUAGUAUUCAUCACAAUACUGUGCACACCACAACCAACAGUUAUCAGGUGGUCUCCUAACCCGCCGGUGUCUGCUGAUGUCUUGCAUCAGUGGAAAGGUUUUUGUGCUCUAAUCGCAAACGCUUACUAUGUCAAAGGAAUGGCAUGGUUACCGGUGAAAACCUUGCAGCUGGAGCAGAUGGCUGUCACAGGAAAUUCAGAGGAACCGUCACUAGUUGCUAGCCGGAUGCAGUUAGUUUUCAGCACACUAGAGGUAGUUAGUCCACAGUGGCCAAGAGUGUGAUUAAGUGAAAGCAAUACGAUCAAUCAAAGGUCUUCCGUUUUAUUCUGACCAACCGAAUUCCCCUGUCCAAGUUCAAUGGUGUAAUGAAUGAUGCUUUUCCAUUGUCCAUUUGAUCUCAAAUUUCAAAACACGCAGAUGUACACCAAAGAAAAAUGUUGAUGUACUUGAUUGUAAUAAAGUAAGUACAACAGCUUCUUUCUUCA